UAAGGGUGGUCAAGUUCAUACCAGUGUAUUGGUUGGACAUGGCCAUCUAAGCCCAAUUUUCAGCUUAUGCUCCGGUCAGACGGAAGAGGCCCUUGGGGCACAAACAUUGCGGAGUGGAUAUGGAAUGUGGUAUCGUAAGCUACGCUUUGAUUAUAUGAUACAAUCAUCACUUCGCACCGCAUUGACAGCCGAACAGUGAACGCAUCAUGCAUAGGGCCUCCGCCUCUGAGCCCAAGGCUCCCGGGUGACUCGCGAAUAGCGUCGACUUCGGUACUACCAUUAGAUAUGGAACUUCACAUUGCCUAUCCUCUAGGUGAAGACGUUAAUCGGUACCAUUCACUCUCCAUCGAUGUUAGUGAGGUCCAGAGCAAACGACGUUCUGAGUUUUGCAUAAGACCACCAGUCCUGGUAGGACGACACACGGAUCCACCGCUCUUGGAAGCAACGUUUAGCCACCACCGCUGUCCCAUGCUUUCGACUCGGAGCUCCCGUCAACACCUACGAUGUCGACGUCUAGCAGCAGCGCAACAUCCAAUUCUGUCGUCGACCACUCUGUUCCUCUUCAAUGCGAUAGCGCCAUUCGCACCGGUUCCUCAUCAUAGUGUACACAAUCGCUCAGUAUGUGUAUGUUUCGCAUACAUUCCUGGUGCCCUCCCCAUCCACGAGGAGGAACUGGAGCUGUUACCCGUGCGCUCUGAUAGGCCCGGAAUUGAGCGAGACCUGAGGAACGGUUCCCGAGCCAUGCCUUCCCGUGGUGUUACUGUCCAGUCACGGUACCAUGCCAAAACGUCGUCGACGUCUUAUUCGAACAAACAGUUGACCGGAACAGCCACCGCGAGGAAGGCAACCAGAGAUGGAGUGAAGAAACUCGCGCGUCAACGCAGGGAGUUCAAGGACGUUAUACACGCCUCGCAUGGCCAGUACGUCCGCAUCCCAGAGACGACCACAGAUCAUAACGCAUGACCGGCCAAGUCUAUCCAUCCGCCGUUACUUAGUCAGGAUGACAGUACCUUAACUCCAUACGGACAUUC